UAGUGGCCAUGGUCUUGAGAUGCACGUCUUUGAGCUCAAGAAGGUGUACUUUAACCAAACCGAGCUCUGGUAUUCGUUGUCAAUGUAGGAAUUCAGAUGAAGUGGAGGUCUCCAAAGUCUGAGGUGUGACGUUUGUUUUUGUUCAUUGCCACGUGUUGGGUCUUACUUGUGAUCAGUUCGACCUGUAUAUAGUUUGAUGCAGUUGAUUCAGUAGUUUCGUCAAUGACUCAUUGACUCCUACUUCUUUGACGCCAUUCCAACCAGCUCCAACUCUCCUCUCCUGUCAUGGCAGUGGCGGGCAUGCUUUUUCACCUCCCCGAGCAUCGUAGCACCAAUCCUCUCGGAAAAACAAGCCAUCAACGAUGACGUUGACGUCGUUGCCGGAGAAGACGCUGUGGAGAUCCAACAAAACCCCAACCCUCCUCCCCGAUGAAACCUAGAUCAUCAAAGACCAAAACAGCUCGAACUUUGGCUCGACUCAUCAACAACAGAGCAUGGUCACCAGACCUCGAGUCCUCCAUCUCUCCUCUCUGCUCCCAUCUCUCCAAAACCACUGUGCUUCAAACUCUUCACCUCGUAAGAACCCCGUCCAAAGCAUUCCAAUUCUUCAAAUGGACCCAAAACAAUGGCUUCACCCACAACGACCAGACCUACUUCAAGAUGCUCGAGAUUCUCGGUCACAGCCGGAACCUUAAUGCAGCUCGGAAUCUUCUAUUCUCCAUCGAGAAGAAUUCCAGUGGAACCGUCAAGCUUCAUGAUCGAUUCUUCAAUAGCUUGAUCAGGAGCUAUGGCCAAGCGGGACUGAUCCAAGAAUCUCUCAAGGUCUACAUGACGAUGAAAUCGUUAGGGGUUUCCCCUUCCGUUGUCACCUUCAAUAGCCUUUUCUCGAUUCUUCUCCGCCGAGGGAGGAAGACCAUGGCAAAGAAAUUGUAUGAUGAAAUGAUAACGACGGUUGGUGUUUGUCCAGAUGUGUAUACAUUCAACAUUCUGAUAAGGGGUUUUUGUUUGAACUCAAUGGUCGAUGAUGGGUUUCGUUUUUUUAAAGAAAUGUCCCGUUUUGGAUGUAACCCAGAUGUUGUUACAUACAAUACACUUGUCGAUGGCUUGUGUAGGACUGGAAAGGUGAGAAUUGCUCACAAUCUAUUAAAUGGUAUGUGCACGAAAAGCUCUGAUUUGAAUCCUAAUGUUGUCACUUACACGACCUUGAUCAGAGGAUACUGUGAGAAGCAGGAUAUUGCUCAAGCAUUGGAUGUUUUCAAGGAGAUGCUUGGUCGUGGGAUGAAGCCUAAUGGAAUUACUUAUAAUACCCUUAUUCAAGGACUCUGUGAGGCAGGGAAGCUCGAUAAGAUAAGGGAGAUUUUGGAAGGAGUGACGGAGGGUGGGGAGUUUGUCCCAGAUACAUGUACCUUUAACACACUGAUGAGUGCCCAUUGCAAUGCGGGGAAGCUGGAAGAAGCAUUGCAUGUGUUUGAGAAAAUGUCAAAUUUACGAGUCCAACCAGAUUCAGCCACAUAUAGUGUUCUAAUACGUAGUUUGUGUCAGAGGGGGGAUUUCAUGAAAGCAGAGGAACUCUUUGAUGAUUUAUGGAAGAAUGAGAUUCUGGUAAAGGAAGUGGGAUGUGUUCCUCUUGUUGCAGCUUAUAAUCCUAUGUUUGAGUUUCUGUGUGGGAAUGGGAGGACUGAGAAGGCUGACAAGGUAUUUAGGCAGAUGUUGAAGAGGGGUACACAAGACCCUCCUGCUUUCAAGAUAUUGAUCCUAGGGCACUGUAAAGAAGGGACAGUGCAAGCUGGGUAUGAUCUCUUGGUCUUGAUGUUAAGGAGAGAUUUUGUGCCUGACAUGGAGACUUACAAUUCCUUGAUUGAAGGUUUUUUGCAGAAAAGAGAACCAGGUUUUGCCUACAAAACUCUAGAAAAGAUGUUAAAGAGUUCCCAUCUCCCCAAAACUUCAACUUUCCAUUCGAUAUUGGCUGCACUUGUCCAAGAGGGGUGUGCUCAUGAAGCUGCUUCAUUUAUUAAAAUGAUGCUAGAGAGAAAAAUUCGACCAAAUACCAAUCUUUCAACAGAUACCAUAAUUGAAAUCUUUAAGAGCAAACUACAGGAUACUGCUUUUGAGGUUGUUGAGUUGCUUUAUGGUAAUGGUUAUUCCAUUAAGAUGGAAAAAGUUGUUUGCUUCCUUUCUGGGAAUUGUAAAUUUUUAGAGGCACGAAAACUAUUGCUAUUCAGCUUGGAGAUGCAUCAAAGUGCGGGUACCAAGAUUUGUAACACAGUUAUAACUGGUCUUUGUAGAAUUCAUAAGAGUCUAGAGGCUUUCAGUCUGUAUUAUGCAUUGUCAGAGAAGGGAAGCCAUCUCAGUUCGAGCUGCUUAAGAGAACUGAAAGUUGCCUUGGAGGAUGAGGGAAAUUUAAAUGAGGCUGAAUUUUUGUCCAAAAGGAUAGAGAGGCAGGAAAUAAGAAUGGUAGAAAAGGGGAUCUAAGAAGCAAGAGCUUUAUAUUCUUUAAUGGAGAUGUUAUUUCUAAUAAACUGAUCAGAUGUUUUAUUUUCUAUGCCUGAUCCCAGUAACCUGUUGCAAUUUAGUUCCUAAUCUGUAUUUGUGCUGAUCAAUUUUGAGAUACUGGAUCUCAUGAAGUUUGAAGAAAAAGAAUCAAUCUUGAUUAUAGCAUC